UCCAGCCUAAUUCGCAUUUGCUCCCGCAUAGAAAAGGCCUAAAAGUAGGGCAGACGAAAAUAAAGAAAAGGAGAAUAAAAAAAAAGAAAAACAAAUCGAUUGAAAAGAACGAGAGAUCGAUUCGAUACGUCCCACCUCUCAAAACCCUAGAUUCCCAAACCGAUUCGAUUUCCGCUGCUUCGAAUCUAAAUCCAUCGCGAUCUUUUCCCUCUUCUACAUCAGGACAGGAUUCUUGAAAUGUCUCCAGCAUCAAGAUCUAAGUCCAAGUCAGGUAGUAGGGCAGCCAAGGAACAGCAGAAGUCUUCUUCGAAGCCUUCAGCUGGGCCUGCUAAUGCAGGGAGCGGCGUCCCAGCAAGUGCAUACAAUCCAAUCUCGGGCACCUUCCACAUGCUCGAAACAGCACCGACUGCCUCUUCUCCUCAACCCCACAGCAAUGGCCGGUUCCGAACAAUAGACGAGACUGAUGAACAUUCAGGCAGCUCGCUUGGUACAGGACCUGAGUAUGACUCAGUCUCAAACAAUGAUAGCUGCUCUGUUGAAUCUGAAGACCAGAAGGAGAAGUCACCAAGCGUCACACCCCGUCCAGAAGCAAUUCCCGGCUCUGACAAUGACAAGAGGGACAAGAUCCGUCAGAAGAAUGAGAGGAAGCACCAGCGUCAGAGGGAGAAGCGGGCCCAGGAGCUACAUGAACGUUGCUGUGGCUACCUCAUGUCCCGAAAACUGGAAAAACUCGCGCAGACCCUUGUGUCAAUGGGCUUCUUGUCUGAACGAGCGACGAUGGCCCUUAUCUUGAAUGAAGGCCGGGUCGAGGAAUCCAUUGCGUGGCUCCUCGAAGUAGGUGAAGAAGCAAACCAUCAGAAGGAUACUUCGAACCUCGCCAGUGGGCGUAACUUGAAAAUCGAUAUCACUGAAGAGUUUGCCCAGAUCUCAGAAAUAGAGGUUAGGUACAAGUGCACAAAGCAAGAGGUUGAAAGGGCCAUUGUGGCCUGUGAGGGCGAUUUGAAGAAGGCGGUUGAGUCAUUGAGAGCGCAGAAACCAGAACCAGCUGCCACCUCUCCGCCAAAGUUGGAAGGAAUGGGUGACCCCCGUGCCAUCAAUUGCGGUAAGCUGGCAACAGUUCCUGGUGCUCAAAACCACUUAAUGAGAACAACACCAACGAAAGCUGUUGCUUCAGUUGUGAUACCACAACAAAGAAAGGAUGAAAGAGAUUUCAACUACACAAAGAUGGCUGCGGUGCCGGUGGUAUCGUCACCUGACAAUGGAACGAGGAACUUGGAGCCUUCGAGAAGGAUGCAGUCAAAGCCAGAAUGGGUGAGACCUCAGUCAGCGACAGUGGCAACCCCAGUGGAGAAGAGGUGGCCGAAUGUGAGCACAAGCCCAUCUGCAUCUCAUUCCUUGGCAACGCCGUUGCAAGCCUCAGUUCUGCCGUCAAAGACAGAGGCUCGUUGUUUAGUUUCAGGGAGUGAAGGAAAGGUAAUACAAACCGGGCCAUUGAGGGAGCCGGUGAUCGUGAUGCAGCGUCCACAGUCUGUCAAUGCCAAUAAGCAGAAUCCCACCACCAGCAUCAGUGCAUCUUCACCAGUGACAACUGGAUGGUAUCCAACUGGCCCCUCUGGCACUGAGAUGAUGAAGGCAAAUGGGGGUCUAGUUCAGGUGCCAGCUGCAAGCAAUAGAGGCUCACAACAAAUUUAUCUCCAACGGUCCCAGCAUCAACAGCCCUAUGCGGCGAGUUCGACAGAUUCGUCGGCUGCUGUGGGAUGGGGGAGCUCAUGGAGCAUGACUGGGCCAUCGUCGCUUGCAGUUCCAUCUUCUCUGGGGUUGUUCAUGGGUUGGAGUUCAAACGGGACAUCGUCUGGCUCGUCGUCGCCAGUGGAUUGGACCACGGCGGGGUCGAUGCCAGUGUGCGACUACAACAACAUAGAUUGGAGCCUGGAGUCGACAACGACGUCCCCCUCUUCAAGGCAGGAUAGGUUGUCGCAAGGGCUUACAAUGUACAUGAAGAGCAGUCGGAUGUAUGAUGGGUGGCCCGGGGCAACAACGGGCGUGUCAGCGGGGGCCACAAGGAUAGCUGUGAAUGGCAUGCGUGUUGCAGGGUUGCGAGAGGGUGGGGUGGCGACGGACGUCUCGUCGCCAUCCAUGGGAUCACACGAGUGGAUGUCUGAUACAUCAACGUCAGCCGUGGGAUCACAUGAGUGGACGUCGCCCUUCGCAGGGAAGGACCUCUUGAGCUUGCCUAGGGAGUUUGUUACUUCCCCAACCCUGUAGGAAAGGUGGGACUUGGAAAGGGGGCUGGUCUAAUAGAUUUUUU